AAUAAAUCAAAAUAUAUAUAAAGAAAUAUAUAAUAGCGUGGGAUUACAGUCUUUGUAGAUGACGGCUGUGAAGCCCAGACGUGAGACGACCCCUUCCCGAUCAUUGUCUUCCCCAAUUCCCCUCGCGUUUCUUCUCACACACACUCACCCUUAAUUUUAUUCUGCUUUUCAUUUUCGCGAUUUGCUUCCCAUAGCGGCUGCGAUUCCAUGCACCCACGCCCACCGUGCGCUUGAAUUUUUCCAGGAACCGGCUGGCAGGUGGGCCCCACCUGUAAAUGUCCAUCACCGGGAGCCCCACCACCAGCACCGUCGAUUGCGCCUACCAGCGCAGCGACAGCACAGCCCUUGCCGCCGUCGCCGCCGCGGUGGAUCAACUACAUCAGCGAUUGUCCUCCAAGCGCAAAUUAGACGACUAUGGCGGGCCCACCUUCUCCGACGACGAGGACGACGCCGUUCUCUCUGACCUAGUACACGUCAGAAUGAGGAAGGACGAGCCCAACGCCGUCGAUUCGUCGUCCAACGGCGCCGCCAACCCCCCUCACUCCUCAGGCAACACCGACCACCUCAAUUCCAGGGUUCCCAAUGCCCGAUCGACCUCUCACGGCGAGUCCACCCACCCCGAGUCGACUCGGUCCCGAGCCAUGCUCCAAUUCUUCAUCAGAACCAUGUCGGGGGGCAACAAUCUUGUAAUCCAGGCCUACGCUCACGACACCGUGAAAUCGCUGCACGAGCGCAUCCAAACGAUCACCGGCAUUCCGGUUUUCGAGCAGAGGCUUAUUUACAGAGGCAAACAGCUUCAGUGGGAGCAGUCACUGGCCGAGUGCUCCAUCCAAAACGACGCCAGUUUGCAACUGGUGGGGCGCUUGCGAAGCACCGACCACCCCCAGGCGUGGCAAGUCCUGGAGGACAUAGUCACCACAGCAUUUCGGUUGUGCCGAGGUGAAGUGGUUCACGAACCAUCGAAAUACAUCAAGAGCCGGAUGAGCCAGUACUUGGCCAUGGCUCAGAAGGAGAAGAACGACUCUGGGGUUAGCCAUCUCCAGGUCUUCGUCCCGUCCUCGGCCCCCUUGGCACUGCUGAUGCUGUAUGUUUCUACUCUUCCAGGUAACAAAACGGUCGCCGAAACUUCGAUAAAGUAUUUUCUGAAUAACUACCCUACUUUGUUGCCCAAACACUUGCAUAAUCACUGCGCGCCUAUAGUGUUAGAGUUUUGUAAGUUUCUUAGGAGAUUAGGGCAGGAGGACCCCCUGUACCUACUGUGCCGGAGCGCCCUUGGUUCCUUGUUGGAAAAUGUUGGAAAUUUGCAGGAAUCGGAGAGUGUUGAGGUAUUGAUUGGUGGGUUGAAGGAGAUAUCUCCAUUUGUUAGUGAGCUGGCAACUAUCUUGUCCAGGGAUUUGUUACUGAGUAUGGAGUUUCCUACUUGUGGCAGGCCGAUGUCGGAUGAUGUAAGUGAUUUUAAGGCAUUCUUGCUCCCUUUGCGUACUGCAGUUGAGCAGCAAGUGUGUUUCGGUCCUAUUUCUGCAUCCUUGAAAGGGAAGGCUUGUAAGCAUCCCUUGUAUGGGGAAGAGAUUGAGCUUCUGCGUGACAUACAGGCUGAUUUGCUCCUAAAAAUGGAUGAAUGCCUUGGAAAAAUGGGAGAGUUUUUGGCUGGGAAAGGAAAGGGGGAGGGUGAUAUUGUUCAUUCUGGAUGGUCACAGUAUCUGUCCAUUUUGAAGGAGUUGAGUGGAAUUUGUAUACUUUAUCAGGGCGGCGAAGAACAACUCAAGAAUAUUCUGAGGCUUAGAAGGGCUUCUUUAUGUGCACUUGUUGUCAAAUGUGCAAAGCGAAGUGACGAUCAUCAGUGGCUUAUUCAGCACAAAGAUUUGCUUGAUUUCGAGUCUCGGAGGCAUUUGGCAAUGAUGAUGUUCCCUGAUGUUAAAGAAGACUACGAGGAGCUGCAUGAGAUGCUCAUUGAUAGGUCUCAAUUGUUGGCAGAAUCAUUUGAGUACAUAGGACGCGCGGAACCUGAGUCAUUGCACGGUGGUUUAUUUAUGGAAUUCAAAAAUGAGGAAGCUACAGGUCCAGGUGUACUGCGGGAGUGGUUCUUUUUGGUAUGCCAGGCCAUAUUUAAUCCACAAAAUGCACUUUUUGUUGCAUGCCCUCAUGAUCAUAGAAGGUUCUAUCCUAAUCCAGCAUCUAAGGUGGAUCCUCUGCACCUCGAGUAUUUCACCUUUGCUGGCCGGGUGAUUGCGUUAGCUUUGAUGCAUAAAGUGCAAGUCGGCAUUGUCUUUGAUCGUGUGUUUUUCCAGCAACUGGCUGGAACUUUAGAUUUAUCUUUGGAAGACAUACGAGAUGCUGAUCCGUUCUUGUAUAAUAGUUGCAAGCAGAUACUCGAAAUGGAUGCCGAGUUUAUUGAUUCAGAUGCUUUAGGAUUGACAUUUGUUAGAGAGGUGGAGGAGUUAGGAGCCAGGAAAACUGUGGAGCUUUGCCCUGGUGGGAAAAGCAAAAUUGUGAACAGCAAGAACAGGGAGGAAUAUGUUAAUUAUCUAAUUCAGCAUCGCUUUGUCACAUCUAUCUCUGAGCAGGUGUCUCAAUUUGCGCAAGGUUUUACUGAUAUUCUAUGUAGCUCAAGGCUCCAGAGUUUCUUUUUCCGAACUUUAGAACUAGAAGAUCUUGAUUGGAUGCUGCACGGAAGUGAAAGUGCUAUUAGUGUUGACGAUUGGAAGGCUCAUACUGAGUACAAUGGCUACAAAGAGACCGAUCCUCAAAUACUUUGGUUCUGGCAGAUUGUCGGGGAGAUGUCCGCAGAGCAGAAAAAGGUUCUUCUCUUCUUUUGGACCUCUGUGAAGUAUCUUCCAGUUGAGGGGUUUAGUGGUUUGGCCUCUCGGCUUUACAUUUACAAGUCCUCAGAGCCGUACAGCCGUCUGCCUUCGUCUCAUACAUGCUUUUACCGGUUGUGUUUCCCAACUUAUCCAUCUAUGGCUGUCAUGCAAGACCGCCUUAACAUCAUCACCCAAGAACAUGUUGGCAGUAGCUUUGGGACAUGGUGAUAUAUUAGUAGUUGCAUUUGCAUUUUGGGGUAAAAGGGGGAUUGGACUGCACAUAAAAAGGACUUGGUUACUCAGAUUGUACAGAUUAUAGGACACCGUCAUCGCCUUGUCAUUUGACUAAUGUUAGAAAGGACUAUGCUAGUGUUUUCUUUGUUGAAGGUUUGCAGUGUCAUUGCUAUUUUUGUCAACUGUCUAUAUAGGGUAUAGCUAUAAAUAAAUUGGGAGGCAAGAAAUAAGAAAAUUUCGCUGCUUAACGGACGUUUAUUUCAUGACAUGUUAGUACACUCAGAUAUGAUGCAAUGGCAUGCAAGUCUAUAUACAAAGAUUUACCCGUCUCUGGCCUCAUUUUGGUUGCCAAUUAUUUUCCUCAUUGAAGUA